GGGCAAAAACAAAGUACAUUUUCCUCUUCUGUGGCAUCACUGAAUUUGUUAAACAUUUAUCAAGCACCUAGGGCGUGCCAGACAUUAGACAAGAGCAGUGAACACAACCCUGACCUCGGGGCAGUAGCAUACCAGGAGCUCAUCAUAUAUCACAGGGUUUAUUUGCUUCUCAGCACUUAAUGCUGUGUCAGGAUCUUAUUUACUAAUCUGUUUACUAGGUUUUACAUUUCUUUUUCCUGGCUCACCUCCUUCCACCUCUGCUAGAAGGAACCCCCUGAACAGGAACUGUGUCCAUCUCCUUCAGUGUGUCUCCAGCGCCCAGUACAUAGUGGGCUUUCCACUGACAUUUCUUUAACGGUAAACUAUGUGAGUAGAGACUAUCUCUGUCUCCGAGCUCCACUAGGAGCCUAGAACUGGGCCGGGCACAUAGUAGGUGUUCAAUAAAUAUCUGUUGAAUUAAAGAAUGUAAGUGCUGAAGAGAACAAGGAGCUCCUGCUUUUCUCAGCUCUAACCCUAAUUUCUGGAGGAGCACCUGGCACAUAGUAGGUGCUCAAUACACAUAAGUUGAAAGAAUGAAUGUUAGAUCCAAGAACACAGGGCAGAGACUUCUGGGUUCUGAAGACUGUCUCCUUAGCUCCCAGCUCCACGCCUGGCACACAGUAGGUGCUCAGCCAACCCGCCCCAGCGCGCACUACCCCCGGGCCUCCCUGACCCCUCCUCUGCCUGAGGGGCGGGGCCGACCGGGGUGCCCUCUGUGACGUCACAAAGGCCCCGCCAUGCCUCUAGCCUGGGCCCUUCUGCUGCUCUUGGGCCUGAGCGCCCGCCGAGACUGGGGCUGCCUGCAGUGUGACAACUCGGUGCGGGAGGCCCUGAAGCAGCUGCGCCUCGCCCUCAUCCCCAGCCGGUUCCAACAAGGGCAGCUGCAGGCCCGCGCUCAGGUCGUGCUGCGGGGCAUGGAAGGGCCUUUCUUCCGGGACUACGCGCUAAACGCCUUUGUGGGCAGAGUGGGGACAGACCGUCUGGACCUAGUGGCGUCCUUUGUCAAGAAUCAAACAAGCAACUUAAUGGCUAGUUCUCUGAGAGAUGAGCCUCUGCUGGAUGAGCUGGUGACUCUUAGAGAGAAGGUAAUCAAGGAACUCAAGAAAGUGUUAAGAUCAUAUGAAUUAAAAGCCUGCGAUCCCAAAAUUUGCCGUAAGUCCUGGGUUUAUUGUCUGUUCUUCCCUUUGCUACCCUCCUACCCUUUUGGGCUUCCUUGUGGCUCAGCUAGUAAAGAAUCCACCUGCAAUGUGGGAGACCUGGGUUCAAUCCCUGGGUUGGGAAGAUCCCCUGGAGAAGGGAAAGGCUACCCACUCCAGUAUUCUGGCCUGGAGAAUUCCAUGGACUGUAUAGUUCAUUGGGUCACAAAGAGUUGGACACGACUGAGCAACUUUCACUUCACUUUACCCCCUUUUCACCUUGUCCCCCCCAAAUCAAGCCCUGCUAUCAUACCUACGCCAUCUGGUAUUUCCUCUACCCCAAAGCUAUGGCACCAAGGGGUAUCUAACUUUUGAGGGCUUAUGAAAGUCAUUGCAACCUGCAAAAAAGGAUUUGUGGGGGAGAUUUUAGGCUAGGAUAGGCUAUGUUGUAGUGAAAAAUAAACCCCCACAUCUCAGUGGUUUAACGGAAAAAGGGUUUAUUUCUCUUUUGCCAAAAUUCCAUUGAAAGUUGAACAGAUAUUCCAAGUAGCUCAAGAAUCCAGGCUGCACCUAUAUCAUAGCUGCUAAGCUAGCUCCAGAAGGGAGAGUAAAUAGAGAAUCCCGCAGGG